CUUGAAUUCUCGUUUCUCGUGGUGCUGCUGGUUUGAGUGGUUCGGUUGAAGUGGUUACGCUAUGUUAAUUUAGUAAUGGUGAAGUUUUUACAAUUUUUAAAAACAAAUGCUUAUUUUAUAAACAACCAUAGAUCCUCCCUUGCUCCUACCCUUUCCUUAGUUCAGUCCAAAAGUUUCAGCACCUCCAGAAAUAUGUUCAGAUCAGCCGUUUUUAAUCUUCACGAAGGAAGUAAAGACCAAGUGCAGGAAUUUUUAAAUUCCUUUGAUACAGUUCUAACUGACUGCGAUGGUGUUCUAUGGAUAGAUAAUAACGCAAUACCGGGGUCAGCUGAUGCAAUGAAUUAUUUCCGAAAAAUUGGAAAAAGAAUAUUUUAUGUAACUAAUAACUCUACAAAGAUCCGCAGUGAUUUUGCAGCAAAGGCACAGCAGUUGGGUUUUAUUGCUAGUCAGGAUGAAAUACUCUCCACAGCCUACUUAGCAGCACACUACCUCAAAGGUAUAGGAUUUACUAAGAAAGUAUACAUACUAGGCUCUAAUGGUAUAGGAGAAGAGUUGAAGGCAGUUGGAAUAAGGCAUACAGGAAUUGGACCUGAUCACGUAAAACCAGACUUCAAAUCCAUGAAGCCAUCAGACUUAGACCCCGAAGUGGGAGCCGUGGUGGUCGGCUUCGAUGAACACGUGAGCUACCCCAAGUUCAUGAAAGCUGCCUCUUAUCUUGCGUCCGAGGACUGCCUGUUCAUUGCGACUAACACUGAUGAGAGGUUUCCCAAAGGCGGCUCCAUCGUAGUCCCAGGAACGGGCACCAUCGUACGCGCGGUGGAGACGUGCUCGGAGCGGAAGGCGCUCGUGCUCGGCAAGCCGCACGCCUACGUCAGGAAGUUCCUCGAGUCUUGCGGGCUGGAUCCGGCACGGACGCUCAUGAUUGGCGACAGGUGCAACACAGACAUCGAGUUGGGAGUCCGCUGCGGCUUCCAGACCCUCCUAGUGCUGUCGGGAGUCACGUCCCAAAAAGACCUCGAGAAGAUCCGCAACGAAAAGAAACCGCCUCUACCAGAUGUGGUUCUACCAAAGCUAGGCGACUUGAUGUCUCUUCUGCCAUCAUAACAUGAUCAACAAUAUAACAGAUUUUUGAAACAAAAGAACAAUGGAAAAGCAUAGGCGCGACGUGAACAGGUGACUCUGUGACGCCAGUUCGUCGCCUUAACUUACAAAUCGCUUCGCAAGAGCUGGCAUGAAUUUAAUGAAUGAGUGAAUUAAAAAAAGUCUAUGUGUGAAUUGCAUUAACCAAUAAAAUGGUGGCUAUAAAUGUAAAUCGACAAAGAUAUCAUUCAUACAAUGGAAGUUCCAUGAAUUAACCUGUACAGUCGGCGGAAAAUAUUUCAAUUAUAUCUUUAACUGUCGUAUGACAAAUGUUAGGUAUUUGUACGCAUUAAGGAGUCGUUUGAAGAUAAUUUUCUAUUGUUCUUAUGUUUCAAAAAUAGUAAGGUAGCAGACGGCUAUGUUUAGCGCAAUAUUAGUCCAUAAGGUGAUAAUAAUUAGUAUGAGAUGGUGGGCUUAUUAAUUCUGAUGUGCGUUAAGUAAUAUUGAAGCUCGGCUAACCUAAUUUACAUCUACAAUGUGGAAAGCAAAAACUUCUGUAUUAACGGCCCGGCCACGACAUUGGUCUAAGCGCGACAGCGGUGUGCGGCGGCCAUACAUUGGAGCGAGACACAGCGAUGGGACUUUUCAUUCGCACGUAUGACUGCCGCUCACCGCUGUGCGCUUAGACUAAUGGCGUGGCCGGGCCGUAAUAAACACAGAGGAAUUAUUUUCACCUAAUGGACUUAAAUAGUGUAAUUUAAAUUGGCCUUAUAGUAGUUGCGCCUAUUAUUAGGAAUAAACUUUUUCAUGAUGAUGAAGCACAAGUUGUUUCAUCCACGGCGACAUGUCUAGAAGAGGCCAGUGUUAACUUAGACGAAUAUUAAUGCAAAGUAUAGGUAAUUUUCAAUAUGUUGUGAUAACUUGAUAAGUGUUAUUAAUAUACUAUUAAUAUUGUUUUUAUUCUGUAUAUUCAGUUACUUCUUUGUAAAAUGUUUGCAUAAAUAUUGAGAACAUUGAGAAUAAUAAAUAAAACCCAUAUAGCACGGCAUCACUAACGAAAUAUUUUGCAUUUAUUAAAAUGUUGUUAAAUGUCAUCGAGAUUAUAGUAGACCAAUUAUAUUUAACUGUCCAUUAGCCGCCUUUACACAGUCACUCUAUCGCGCGUUCCCUGAGCGUACAGGAUAGCGCGCGGUUAAGCCUGUGCGUGUUGUUAGUUUUUAGGGUUCACGUUCUUUCGCGCGUCGAAGUUUUUGACAACGGAAAGAGCGUGCUUGUAAAGGCUAAUCGUGCGCGAUAGACCGCGUUAUUAUUGUUAUUAAUAGUAUCGAUUUUUAAAGAGCAAGUAAUUCAACCACUAAUUUAUUAGUCCACGAGCGCAUGUCCGCCAUCUUGCGCGCGCGAAUGAACGUAAGUGUAAAGACACCUCAAUCACGCUAUUGCGCGCCCGCUCCAACGCACGCAAUCGCGCGGUCUUUCCCUUCCCCUCUCGUCGGCUUUACACGCGCAUUCUUUCACACGCGAUUGCUGUAUCACGCGCGAUAGAGCGUGUGUGUAAAGGCGGCUAUUAAUGAGGUUUCCUUAUUUCUUAAUAUUCUAUGCAAACAAUUUUACAAAGAAUAUUUUAUUGCUUGCCAUAGACAAUAAUUAUUGUACUCUAAUUAGCAGAAUCGAAAUUAGCAUAUAUGUAUUUUGUUCAAGGGUUCGAGUGGUUUCAAUGUCGUUUAAUGCUGCAACGAAUAAAGCCCCUGGUUUUUUAUUUGUAACUGAAUCGGAAUUAAAGGGCUUUAGUUUAUAUUAUUCUAUCAAUAUAAUUUUAUUGUCUAUCACAAUUAAAGUUUCACAUAUUUCACCAUCUUUUUCGAGGAGUUGAAACAACUCUACCUGAGUACUUAUAAACACGAAAUACACAAUGCAAUUUUGUCCCAUAGGGACUAACAAAACUUAGGUAUUGAACUACUGUGGUGGUAUUUUAUACAGAAGUCUUCGCUGUAUCAUUGAAAUGCAGUAUGUAUUAGUUUGUAUGGUGAUGAGCUGUGUUCAAAAUAUUAAUGUAGUAAUAGUAAGGAUUCCCACUCCUCACCCCUUUUUCAUAAGACCGGUUUACAGUAUUACUGAUCCAUUACCCAAAUAAGAACUAAGCUGUUGAAAUUGCUAAAAUAUUCAUUUGUGAAUGGCAGUUGUCAUUCGCGGUGUGAUUUCCAAGUCGCUUCGAUGUGCUAGCGCUGGAUGUCGCUAUAAUAAUUGUAAUUGGUUCACCCAAACAUCGGAGCCUUGCGCGGUUCGCAUUGUGUGAUAUCCGCCAAUGAGUAAACUUUUCUCACUUUAACCAAUAGAUGGCGUUAGUGCUAAGUGGAGGGUAGAGGCAAGAGGCCGUUGCGUUAGCGCCAUCUAGUUACCUACUACGUUGCCACUUUCACGACAUAUUUAGUUGGCAUGUCACGUCUCUAUAAGUUCUAUUUGUAGUAGGUAUCCAUGUCCUAUAGUCUUACUUAUUUCCAGUGAUAGUAUUGAGAUCUUGUUGCUAUUCAUAUUUAUAUAGUUGUUUUACUGUCUGACAUUUUAUUUUUGCAGUUAUUUUAAUUUAGAAUUUUAUUUUAUUGUAAUGUUCAUUUAUACCCCUCAGGUAUUUAUUUAAAUAGUAAUACACAUUUGCUAUGUACUUAUUUUGUUUAUUUAAUGUACCUAUAUUGCCCGAAAUUUUAAUUUUUAAUGCCAUAACAACUAAAGCUUUAAGACGAAUGACAAACAAUACAUGUUGUAUUAAAAUGUGUGAGCCAUCAUGAAACCUUUUACGUAAUAUGUCAUUGAUUCUUGCCACGUUACACGGAAUUUUAAUUCCUAUACGUAAGAUGCUUCAACGAUAAUAUGCUUUAUCACAUGUACAUAGUUUCUACUCUAUUCCAUUUCCAACGAACGUUCGUUCGUAUGUUCGCGAACAUAAGACCGUACAGCUUUACGAAGUUGUAUAACUAAUUGAUAAAUCUAAUUAUUAUUGAACCUUAUUACAAAGGAACAUGGUGUACAAAUAAUGUAUUUAAAUCUGCAUCUGUGAGUUUCGGGUAUUUGAACACACGCAUUCAAAUAUUAGUAAAGAUGACAAGGUUUCAUGAUGACCUACAGUAUUGUCAAUAUAUCUAUUCGUCGAUAAACUGUUGAAAUUAGCAAUAAACAUGGCUGUUAUAGGUAUAUGGAAACGCACAUAACAUUGUUACGUAUUAUGUACUGUGUUACUAAUUGUAAUAGUGAAAUUGCUUUUAAUAAAUUGGCAGUGUUUGUA